UAUGUGUAAUGAUAAUAAUAAUACGUGAAAGCUUCAAUGAUUCUGUCAGCGAAGUACAAAAUGUAGAAAAUGUAUUUGAAUUGUUUAAAAAGUGUAAUAUAAACUACAGCAAUAUGGAUAACAGAGUUUUGCGAUCGGUACGACGUGAAAUGACACGGGAUGAGUGUAGAAAAUGUUUACGCUAUCUAGAAUUAGAUGCUUAUGGGAAUAUGGUAUCAGUCUUGCGUGCUCAAGGACCUUUAACUAGUAACAAACAAAGAUUGCUGCAAGAACUUACUAAAAUUCUUCAUAUUUCUAAUGAAAGGCAUCGUGCAGAAGUACGUAGAGCUGUUAACGAUGAAAAACUCACGAUGAUAGCUGAGCAGUUAAAUGGACCAAAUACUGCUAUAGACUGGAUCAUGGAAGGCCGUCGUUCAACUCCACUUUUACCUAGAUUGAAAGCAAGAAAUGCUUUUACAAUGUUAGCAAACAGUCUAUCGCUUGCAACUUCGCGUGCUAAUGACAAUUGUCCGAUCGAAGAAAACAAGGAGAAAGAAAAAGAUAUACUAGACGAAUCCAAGAAAUGUUUCAAAAUCGAAAAAAAAUCAACAAUUGAAGCAGGAUCAUGUAAUGCUCAAGCAACCAUCAACCGAAGAAAAAGGUCAAUACACGAAGCAAAUAAGGUACUAAAUAUUGACAUGGAUCAAGAAAGAAGGCCUAUAAAAAUCAAAUAUCAAGAUAUUCAGCAAGUAAACACUACCAAGCAAGAUCUUUCCUCGUUUUCACCGCCACAUAAGGUCUUGGUGUUAUCUUCUAAUUCAUUGGAGACAUUGAACCAUGCUAAUGAGAAUGAAACAUCGAUCGAAACUAAUAUGGAGCAAAGUGAAACAACUAUUACAUCACAUCAAGGUGUUACUGUUAUCCCCUUAUCUAUGACAUGUGCAGGAUCUAGUCGAAUAGCACCUUCUAAGGAUGUACUGUCAGAGAGUACAAAUACUUUGGUAUCAGUUCAUUCAACUAUGAACUGUAGUACCAAAGUUACUACAUGUGCAACUAAUUCCACCAAGAACAAAGAUAAAACAACAGUACAAAAUAAGCAUAAUACAAAAUUAUCGAUGAAUACCGAAACAUUAGAUAGUUUACCACACAUCAGAAAUAAUGAUACACAAUUAAAAAAUCAAGAUGUACAAUUAGCUCUAACUUCAAAACCUGAAGUAAUAAAUUCCAGUUCUUAUGUAAAAAAUGUACCUUCGACAGUCCAAUCUAAUGUAAAAACUGUUUCAUCUAUUAAAUCUGCUAUAUCAACUUAUCCACGAUUUGCAGCUCCUGGAACUAUGGUAUCAAGCGGUCCUGGGCCACCUAGUGUUAAAUCUGUUGUAACAACUUUAGCAUGUAAAAAACUGCCAGUUGCGAUAAUCAAUCAAUCUACUGCUAAAAUGUGUGUGACACUAAAUUCUGAUAAAACUGUAAAUAUAACUAAUCAUCCUAAUACAAAAUUAACAACUAAAACUAAUGUAAUAGUAAUACAAAAAGGAAGUAACAAAGGCAUAAUGUUGUCUCAUGCAGGCAAGGAAGUAUUAGGCAAAGUAAUAAUGGGAGGAAAGAAAAUAUCCGUUGCUAACCAACAGAAUCCAAAUACUAUUAACAUUUUGCCAAAUUCUAUUAAUUUAGAUAAUGGCAGUCAAGCGUCAACAAUGUUAACAGCUACGCAUGUAGAUACUAUAAAAACAAAUAUAAAGGAAGGAGAUAGCAAUGAAGUGCAUUUAAAAGAUACUGGAUCUUCUUUGAAACCUAACAGUUCGAUUACUACAUUAGAGGAAACAGUAUGUAGAAAAUCUAUAGAAGUCUGCAAAAAAAUUCAUUCCCAAGUAGAAAAUACUAUGGAUCUUACAAAACUUAAAAGUAACGAAGAAGACCGUAUAAAUCAUAAGCAAUUUGCAGAUAUGCAAGAUAAUUCUUCAAAUAAUCUACAGAGAGAAGAUUCGAUGUGCGGUAUGGAAAUCAACACCAAUAUAUUUGAAAAUGGAUUCCAAUCGACUGACAUUAAUUUAGAAAAUUUUGAGUGCCUGGUUGAAAAUGGUGAUCAUAUCCCAGAAGAUAAAAAUAAUUCAAUAUCUGUUACUUAUGAAACAAACCCGAGUGAUUCGUAGUAGUAGAUUAAAAUCUAAAAAAUACAUUUUUUCAAUGCUAUAAUAAAAAAAAGGCUCAUGAUGAUUUAUAGUUUCAAAAACAUACAUUUUAUAUAAGAAUAUAUAUAUGUUCAAUUCGUAAAAUAUUUUAAUACUUAAAAAAAUGUAAUGUAUAUAUAUCGUACUUUCAGUCCAGUAAUUGUUAGAACAUAUGUG